AUGGAUACCUCUUUUAGACCUGGUGCCGCCGGGAUCGGUCUCGCGGUCGGACAGAUUGGUGUUGGAAUCGGCGCAGCAGUCGGUCACGCUUCUGUGGUCAAUCGGAAUCUGUCCAAGGCCAACCUUGAUAUGUUCUUACCAAACGGCCUUGAGAUAUGUAUUGGAAAGACCAAAGAUCUCGAAGCUGAACUCGGUCUUAACCCGGCUUCCUCACAAUCCCAGUCUCUCUUCGGUGCAACACCAGGGCAAAGAUGCGCACAGUACGGUGAUAUGAUCGCACCUCUUUCUCAAGUUCUAUCACCACUGGAACAGAGUGGCCGCAAUGAUCCAAUUGCCAAGCUCGGCCGGGGCCUCGCUAGUCGGGGAGAUCAAAAGAAGGUGCAAAAAGCGGAGAAAGAUAUGGCGAAGAAAGGAGGAAAGAACAAGAAGCUAGAUUCUUUAGAAGGAGGGCUGAAAUGGCUCAUAAUUCGGAAAGCUUCAGCAAAUGCCGUGGCCCAUUGGGAGCAAACCCUCGAUCAAAGCAAUGCUGCCAUACAGCAAGAGAAUAGAAUGGCCGAGCAAAGCAGAUAUGGUCGGAGAAACUAA